AGCGCUGUGAGUUUUCGGCGCGUGCGAGGCGCGUGCGGUGGCCUGAGCACCUGCAAUUUAGGCACACGAUACCCAGGCAACUACCGCGACGCUUGCAGCGCUCGGCACAAGCGGCAGCAAGCAGAAGACACGAGAGAGCAAAACACAGGAGCUGCCAUUUAACCAGCAGCAGCAUCGCGAUGGACGACAAAAGCCUCCUCCAGAUCGCAGCCAUGGGCGGCGUCAUGGGCCUCGGCCACGUGCUGAGCCCGGACCAUCUCAGCGCGCUCGCGACGCUCUCCGCGGGGGGCGGCGUCGAGGCGUUCCGGCUUGGGGUAAGGUGGGGCCUCGGGCACUCGAUCGGCAUGGUCGGCGCGGCAAUGAUACUGCUGACGGUGACCUGGUCCGUGGCGCACACGGCCCGCGCGACAAGCGGCAAAGACGCCGCGAAACAACUCGCUGGGAGCAUCGCGGAGUUUUCGGAGGCGAUGGUUGGAUUAGUCAUGGUCGCCGUGGGUCUGUACGGCGGUUUCCGCGCGACGAGGGAACGACGACGACGAGCCAAGGAGUCGAAGGACGCGGGGCAUUCUCAUCACGACCACUCGCACUGCCACGCCCACAAUAUGCCGAUCCACAACACGCGCGACGCCGCGCUGGCAUUAGGUGUGGGCGUCGUCCACGGCCUGACGCACAUCGUGUGGGUCCUACCGGUGUUGCAGAUGCCUCGGUUGCGAGACGCGUCGGCCUACCUGCUCGCAUUCUCGCUGUGCUCGACGGGCCUCAUGGGCCUCUUCGCGGCGCUGUGGGGCGUCGUGACGCGACAUACGAACUCGGAACGCGUCACUUGCGCAUUGGAAAUCGCAUCUUCGGCAUUAUCGCUGGCCGUGGGGUUGGCGUGGCUGGCAUUGUUGGCGACGGGGCGCCUCGACGACUCGGUCUUCGGGGACCAUGGCCACGACCACGGCCAUGGCCACGAUCACGACCACGUGUACCUGCACCACGGCGAUCCGACGGAGGAAGAGCGACGGUUGUACCACGACCUCCGGGGGCAUCAGCGACAUCGUCACCAUAGAUUAAGGUCGAUGCUCUAGUGCAAUGUAAAUAAG